AUGGCGUCGAGGAUCCUUGCAGUGGCAAGUGCGGCCUGCAUAGGAUACGUCCAUUCCAUCCGGUCGACCUCGACCUCCGCCUACAACCUCAAGGCGACGGCGGCCCUGUACAUCAAAAGCAUGGAGGAGAUUUCAUUGACGAAGAUAGACAAGUACAGCGAAGUGCCUGGAAUGCAUUCUCAGGACAUCACGGCCUUCCUGACGGCCUUCGACCGGGAGGUGCUCCAACCCGAGCUGGACUACGAUGGCUACAGUCGCAGGGUGACGGCCACGCAGGCAACGGUCGUCCUGGGAGACUUGCAUGGACAGCUGUUCAACUUGCUCGCGUUCCUCCGUGACCUCCAUACAAGGGUGAAUGUGAAAUACUUUUCCCUUCUUCCCGAAUCCAAGCUUUUCAUUUGCGACCCAAAGAUACAGUAUGUCUUCAUGGGCGACUACGUGGAUCGCGGCGAGCGAAGUGUGGAGAUCGUCAUGCUCCUUUUCGCCUACAAAGCAUUGUGCCCUUCCGGCAUAAUCCUGCUACAAGGCAACCACGAGCAACAGAGCACAAAUUCAUAUUAUGGCUUCAGCAAGGAGGUUGAGUACAAGCUAGACAGGGUAGGCCGCCGCUCAAGAAAUCCUCGCCUCAGCCAGUACGCUGGUUACAGCCAGGGUAGCCAGCUCUCGAUGCACUCUCGGCAGUCUCAGCUCUGGAUUCAAUUCAACAGGGUGUUUUCCAAGCUGCCCUUCGUUGCGGUCUCCAUGGGGAGCUUCAUGGCCACUCACGGGGGCAUCUCCCCAAGUUUUGUCAGGGCAUGCUCGAACAAAAGGGGGAACUUCCAUCAAUGCCUGAGCCAGGGUGUUGGUGCGGAGAUGGUAUGGUCAGACCCGCACGAGGGAGAAGGCUGGGCGACAUCUCCUCGCGGCCCAGACUUCUACAGGUUUGGAAGGGAAAUCGCCCUCCAAUUCUUGCGGUCGAACGGGUUGAAGAGGCUACUUCGAGGUCAUGAGCAAAUGGCAAAGGGGAUUAGCACCAUUUGGCUCGACACAAGGCACGAAUACGCUGUGCAAACCGUCUUCUCAGCAGCCGACUACGUUGGGACGUUUUGUGUCGACAAGAGCACCAACCACCCAUUGCGACCUCCGGCAUGGGAUCCGCAGAUGUUCAAAGCAGGUGGUCAGAGUAAUCUUGGGGGCAUGAUGCUGAUUGACCAUUCCUCCGGCUUCCGCUCCGACUACCACGAGUUUCGCCUUAGUGGAAAGGAAGCUCGGAAGCUGGCGAAGGAGGUUACGGGGGCACACUGCACAAGGCCGAUGGAGAGGCCGCCGAUGUAUGCAGCGAGCAUAGCGACCACAGCCACCAGACCAUCUUCACCGACCGCCGCGAGGCCGAUGCAGAGGCCGCCGAAGAUUGCACCGAGCAUAGCGACCACAACUGGAGGCCACCAGGGUUUCCUUCCAGACAUUUCCAGUUCUACCACAAGGAUCACAACGACCAGACGGACAGCAGCGACUGCCACUCCCAGCACCACGGAGGCAGGCGCUACCAACACCGUCGAGACCGGAGAGAGUGCCGAAAAGACCACCACGACCGAGGAGACCGAAGCACAUCCCUCGGAAGGGACUAGCACGGCCAUGGAGCGGCAAGAGGAUGCAGACUCCGAAGAGACGACCCUGGCCGAGACCGUAAAGCAUGCAGACUCCGAAGAGACCACGGCCAUGGAGCCCGAAGAUGCAGACUCCGAAGAAACCACAACGACGAUGGAUCUUUGGUAUUGGCCUCACGACGAUUCCGAGGACGAUACCGAUGCCCUGCCUCCACCAGAGUUGGGUUGGAAGGACAAGUUCAAGAAUUACUUCGGCCUGGCGUUGCUGGAGGAGCGUGUGAAUGAUCCUGAGACAGAGCAGAUCGAGCUUCCCAUCCAUUGCCGCGAGCGGCUGAGUCAAGAAGAGGCACAGGAACACAAGGACUACGUUCACUCCAGCUUGCUGGAGGCCGAGGACAUGGAGUUUGAAGCUCGGAAGAUCAUUGACCUGCAGGGGGAAGCGACAGUCUGCGAGGGUGCGGAGGAGGCGAGGUCCGACAACUGCCAGGCCAUGGCCCGGGAUGUCAUCACCCUGAAGGUCUUUAUGGAGCUGAAAGGCAGCAAGCGGGUGGCCUCAAGGGCCAGCCAAGAAUACUGGCCAGCCUCAGGCGGCGGCUGA